CUUGUAUUCAUGUUCAAAUCAUUUAUCAUUUAUCAUGAAUGAAAACAAGGUAUUACCUGACCUUUGACAUUUAUAUUCGCCAAGAAGUGCAAAGAGUUAAAGAGAUCUACACUCCAAAGGUGAUUUAUGUUCGAUGAUUACUAACAAUGGUUCAUUGGAUGGGGUUUGCAUGAAAUAUAUAGCUUUAUAUCAAUAUUACUAGUAGAACAUGCAUGACGUAGUAAACAGUUACCAUGGUUGGAGAGAAACAGAAAAGCAGGCUUUGGAAAGCUGGGAUUUUAAGACGCAUGUUUGCAGGCAUCAUCAUAGUAGGAAUCAGUUAUUUUUGUUAUCUAGUUUUCUUUCAAGCACCUGGUCAUUUUGUGUAUACGCAUGCUAAUACACAUGCGCAGUGUAUGAUACCACAGAUAAAUCCGUUUGAUAAAGAUAUUCUAGCAUUUUUUUGGCAACCAGAUCCUAUAGUGUGUACACAAAACACUGAACUAGUUUAUAUCGAUGACAACGAUACUGUACAUGUAAAUUAUAGUCGAACUCAUUUAGAAGUUGUUAACUGUAGUUAUCAAAAUAUAAUUCGAGAAACGGAAAACGAUAACGAGGUAUUAUUUAAUUUACCAGUCUGGUUCUCUAAAAGUUCAAAGUUGACCUCAGACUUUAUUAAAGUUCAGUGCUACGAUUACAGCGGCAAUUUAUUGUAUGAGCGUCUACACUACCAUAUUCAUAAGUCCGGAAAAAAAUUCACAUCUGAUGAAAAUCGCUUUAGUGUUUUGUUACUUGGAAUAGAUGGUAUGUCGCGCUUGGCAGCUAUUCGUGAACUUCCAAAAACGCUAAAAUAUCUGCAAGAUACUUUACAGGGACACAUUUUAAAGGGAUAUGCAAAAGUUGGAGAAAACACAUUCCCAAAUAUGGUGGCUUUUUUGGCUGGCCGUAUUGGAUACAGCAAAGAUUUUCCGGUCGACCCUAAUGUGUUUUUCGAUAAUCAUCCGUUUAUCUGGAAUAACUUCUCAAAAGAUGAUGCUGUUACUAUGUAUGCUGAAGAUUGGCCUAGACUUUCAACAUUCAACUAUGCUGUUCCAGGGUUCAACCAAUCACCAACAGACCAUUAUUUCCGUCCUUUCUAUUUGGGUAUAAACAAAAUGCGAAAGUAUCAAUCAACGAUAAAUGAAGCCUUUUUAUUUCUAGAAAAUCAAAAUAUCAAAGUUGGUAAAACAUCAACAUUGUGUUAUAGUGAUAAACCAAAACACGUUUUACAACUGGACUAUUAUAAACGAUUUUUAAAAUCUUAUCGCAACAAGUUAAAGUUCGGUCUCUCUUGGUUGAACGAGAUUAGUCAUGACUACGUUAACUUUAUAAAGUUAGCAGACGAUGAUUUGCUGGAUUUUUUAACGUUUCUUAAAGAAGAUGGUCAUUUAGAAAAGUCCGUAUUAUUUUUUGUAAGUGAUCAUGGUUCAAGAGUAGAUAAAAUCCGUAACACACCAAUAGGACGUAUUGAAGAGAGAAUGCCAUUCUUUUCAGUUGUUCUUCCUCAGAACUUCAAAGACAAAUUUCCACAAGCUGAGACAAACUUGCGAACAAAUAUCGAAAGAUUAACUUCUCCUUUUGACUUUUACGAAACUAUUGUAGAUAUUUUUAAAAACGAAUACUCUUAUAGUACAAACGUUGUACAAUAUCCGUUGUCAAGAGGAAUAAGUCUUUUCAGGAACAUUCCAAAACAGCGAUCAUGUGCCGAUGCAGGGAUUCAUGAACAUAACUGUGCGUGCUACACUUCUGAAAAUAUCCCAGUUAACAAUACCAAGAUUGAACGUUUGGCAGCCUUUGUUGUUACGAAAAUAAAUCGUGAUUUGCAUCAUUUAAAGGAAAAGUGCGUCACUUUGACGUUGAAUAAGAUCAUAGAAGCAAAAUUAGUUCACUCCCAAUUAAAACAUAAUGAACAAUACGACGAUAAGAAAUUUAUGCAUAAUUUCAUUAAGCCAAAAGAGGACAAAAACAAACGUUUUUUGAUACUUUUUGACGUUUUGCCAAGUGCUGCUAUGUUUGAGGCAACUGUAGAGGAAACGAAUGCAAUCGAAUUAUUUUCAGUAUUGGGACAUGUCAGUCGGACUAAUCGCUAUGGAAACCAGUCAUCGUGCAUUAAUGAUAAAAGAUUGAAACUGUAUUGCUUUUUCGUUAGCAUGGUUAUGGAAUAAAUGUAUGUGGACAUUUCCAGUACCAAAAUUAAGUUGAGAUAACUAUGAAUAAAACUAUAGAUGGGAUGUUAAGAUAACGUCAACUUAAAAUGAUUCAAUUCCUUAGAAAGGCAAGUAUGUGUCCAGUGAAAUAUUCAACAAGAGUGUUUAAAAAGUUGCGUGUAGGAAAUGACAGUAUGUCUAUACAUAAUUGGAGUAAAAGAAGAAUAAAAACAACGUUGUUUAUUUUAUUCACAGUGAUUUUAUUGAUAUUGAUGAAUUCAUGUAUCCAGCCUGUUCGAUUUAUAUUUGUUCAUCAAAGUAUAAAUAGCACGUGCCUUUUACCUGACAUUGACCCUUUUGACAAAUCAGUCAUGCAGUAUAUAUGGCAUCCGAAACCAAUUGUUUGCGAACCGUCUCCGUCCAUUGUUUAUAUUGACAAAAUGGGGAAACUACAACUAAACAGAAGUGAAAUUUCAAACAAAAAUAAUCAUUUCGAUUGUUUUUAUCGUUUGAUUAUGCGUUCCAGUGACAAUGAUGUAACACUAUCACAUGAAGUCAAGUUAUUACUCCCUGUUUAUAUUCCGUCAGAUUAUGUAAAUGUUAAAUGUUUCGGUGACCAAAGACUUCUAUAUGACAUUGUUCUUCAU